GAACAUCAUGGAGUGUGCAUCAUGGCUUGCUAUAUUCAUGCUCACAAUACAAAGUCCUCUCAUAAUAGGUGCACCACCCUCUAUUUCAUGCCCCGUUAAAGAUAUCAGAAUUAAAGGAGGCAGUUUUUCUAUCUCAAAAGAUGGGAGCUCCAUAAUAUUCAACUGUCCAGAAAACUAUUACCCAACCAUUAGAACCCGUCGCUGUACCAAAGGAAGAUGGAGCGAGCUGCCCAAAGGAAAACGCCUGGAAUGCAAAAAAAUCACUUGUCCGGAUCCUCGUGCAUUUUUAAACGGAGAUGUGCAUCCAUAUUCACCAAGGUAUUAUGUGAACGAUACAACCAGAUACUUUUGUCAGUCUGGCUAUGAUUUCCGCGGCUCUGAGUCUCGUGUUUGCCAGGCCAAUGGGAAAUGGAGUGGAAGCACACCGAUCUGUGGAAGAAACUCGGAUUACUGUCCUGACCCCGGAGUUCCUGCUGGUACUACAAGAACAGGCAACAUGUUUCACAUUGGUGAUAAAGUCACAUACCGCUGUGACAAUAAAUUGAGCUUGAUCGGUUCCAAAGAGCGAACAUGUCAGGAUAAUGGACAGUGGUCAGGAACAGAGCCACAAUGUUACGCUGAUUUUACAUACGACACCCCGGAGGAAGCCUCAGAUGCUUUCAGCAGUUCUCUAGUGUCAAACCUACAGCUUACUCAACUGCAUGAAGAAACAGAUCAGUACGGAAAGAAAAUACAAGUGCAUAAGGGGGGAAAACUGGAUAUCUACAUAGCCCUGGAUGUUUCUGACAGCAUAGAUGAAGAAGAUUUCGAACGGGCAAAAGAUGUCAUUAAAACACUGAUAGAAAAGAUCAGUUAUUAUGAAGUUUCCCCGAACUAUGAGAUCCUACUCUUUGCCACAGACACUGACCGGAUAAUCUCCAUGAGAGAGUUCAAGAACGGGCAAGGAAAAGAUCUGUUAAAAAUCAUACAAAAACUGCAGGAUUAUGCAUAUGACAAAAAAGGUCAACGAUCAGGAACUAAUAUCGCCCAGGCUUACAACAAAAUUUACGAGAGUAUGACAAUAGAACUAAUGACAAAUAAGGAGGACUUCAAGGCGACCCAGCAUAUCGUCAUCAUGUUUACUGAUGGUCAAGCCAACAUGGGUGGUAGUCCAAAACCAUUGGUGGACAAGAUCAAAAGUUUGGUCAGACAAAAUUCAGUGGAGGAAAAACUUGAACUCUAUGUGUUUGGGUUAGGGAAUGAUGUGCAUGCUGAGGACAUUAAUGAUUUAAAGACUGACAGGGCAAAUGAGAAGUUUUUCUUCAAGCUUAAGUCCUUGGAUGACUUGAAGGAAACAUUUGACAACAUGAUUGAUGAGGGCAACAGUGUAGAGUUAUGUGGACUUUACAAAGACUACGAUGAUGAGUUUGAAAGCCAUAAGCGCCGUCAAUACCCCUGGCUAGCAAAGAUUUCCGUGACUCGCAGCACUGGAAAAAAUUCAAAAUGCAUGGGGUCAUUUGUCACCUCGAGCUUUAUCUUAACAGCAGCUCACUGCUUCAGGGUUGAUGACACACCUGCUACCAUAACUAUUGACCUGGAAUCAGAAAAUCAAGGAAUCAAAGUAAAAUACAUUCAUUCUCAUCCCGACUAUAACAUCAAAGCAAAAUUGAACUUGGGAAUACCUGAAUACUAUGAAUUUGAUGUAGCUCUUCUUCAGUUGGAGAAACCUGUAAAGAUGAGUGUCAAUCUUCGGCCAAUCUGUAUCCCCUGCACCAAGGAAACCAAUGGAGCUCUCAGACUUUCAGAUCGUGAAGGAACAUGCAAAAAACAUAAGGAAUUACUAAUGACCGGAGAAACUGUAAAAGCUGCUUUCAUGUCCGAAGUCAGAACAAAGACUGAGCAAAAGGAUAUCACAAUCAAGCAGGGAAAACUGCGGCAAGCUUGUGUUGAAGAUGCCAAGAAAGCAGCAGGAAUGACUGCAGAAAAAGCUACAGAUAUUGUUACAGAUAAUUUUCUGUGCAGCGGUGGUAUUGACCCCACAACAGAUGAAAUUGCCUGCAAAGGUGACUCCGGAGGGGCCACUUUUGUAGUCCCCGGUGGUCGAGUGGUCCAGGUUGGUAUUGUUAGCUGGGGAGUGAAGGAUCUGUGUAAGCGCAGCCCGAAGCCGAGAUCUGAGUCUUACACCAGAGAUUACCAUACGAAUCUGUUCAGUGCUAAAAUUCUCUCAUUCCUGAAAAAAUACCUGGCGGAUGAAAAACUGGGAACCCCUCUUACGUUCAUGUGAAGAUUGUGUUUAACGGUAGUUUGUUUGCUUGCUAACAAAAGCAUGUCUCUAAGUUAAACGAUUGUUUCUAUUAUAUUUUCCUGUAUUGUGCCUCAUUGAAAGCAUUGUGGAAUAAUAUAACAGCAGUAAUAUGUUCAUUUAGCAUGUAUUUUUUUGUCAGUUUGAAUGCUAACUCAAACUUGUAGUAUAUCAGUUUAUAAUAAAAAUAUAUUUAUCUGUG